CAGGUUCGAGGAGGAAAGGUUAUCUGUGUUGUGAGGCAGCUGAUGAGGAAAGCAUGGCCCUAAACGCAGAUGAUAAGGACUCCGAGGUGGAGAUGAAGGUGAUUCUGGCCCGACUAGAGCGUCAGGAUAAGAUCAACAAGCUGGUGGGAGACUAUGUGCUGAAAGGAUUUAUGAUGCCGGGGGAAUGCUGUGAGUUGUGUGGGACAUUUCUGUUACAAGAUAAGCAGAAGAAAAAUUACUGUGUUGCUUGUCAAGAGCUGGAUUCAGAUAUUGACAAGGACAACCCAGCUUUAAAUGCCCAAGCAGCCUUGUCGCAAGUACGAGAGCAGCAACUUGCAACUCAGCCUCUCCCUGAAGCUAAUGAAGCCUUGUCCAGCGACCCCCCUCUCGCCAUCACGGGCCAACCCAGGCCAGAGCACUGCGAGGGGGCUGCAUCUGGACUGAGAGGUCCCCCUCCCACAAUACAGCCCACUCCUCUUUCUGUCCCUACUGUCAACUCAAAUUUCCUGCCACCAGCCAACCCUCCUCUUCAGGCUGCAAAUCCUCCAGUGUCUUUGGGGAACACCCUCCUCCAACACCCAGCUCUGUCGAGCGCAGAGGAGGCAGUGCUACACAAACUCAGAUGGGCCACACAGGAGCUCCAGCAUUCGGUGUCAGUAGAGGCCAGUUUCCAGCUCUGCAAUCUGAUCAGAGGCUGUGCUGAAUCGUUGCGCAGCCUGAAAGAACUGCAGCUCCCAUAAGACUGAAUUUCAGACAGGGCUGUAACAGCAAACACACACACACACACACACACACACACACAAGGAAAUACUGACAGCACUAUAUAUAUAUAUAUAUAUUACUACCAUACUCAAAGAGGGUUUAUUUGGUGUUGUUUAUGUUUGUUUUAAAGCAGCUGAGUAUGUGUCUGUGUAGUGUGUUGAAAUGCAUUGCUUGAGCUGCAAAGGCUGGUUUCUAUUUCCUUGAUUUGAUCAGAGUUUUGAUAAGUUUGAUGAUAGUAGAUUAUUAUUAUGUUUUCCACAUAAACCAAAGUUAAGGAUUAGGUGAUUUUUCUUGUGUCCUUUAAGGUAUUUCACACAGCAAAAUGCAUUACAAAAGGAAAGGAAAAACAAAGUUAAAUUAUUAAAAUAUUGUAAGAGAUUAAAUACAAUUCAAUACAAUAAUAGUAGUUAAGCUCAUUUGACUGCAUUUGUGGCAU